UUUUGGUACGCAAUUCUUCGAUAACAAAAAUUAAUCAGAACACAAAAGAAAAACAAAUCCAAUAAAACUGCAGUUUUAUGAAAUUCCAUUCAAUCUAAUCUCGAAUUAAUUAUAUUUUUUCACUUUCAGUUCUCAUUUAAUUGUUUCUCAGUAAAGUUCUGCGUUCUUCCAGUCCACUAUCAACAUGUCCACUUACCAAAUGGGACCCCAAACCCAUGCAGUGCCAAUGAGCCUGUUCCGUGACAACCGCAACCGUGUCAAAUCUGCCCUCUGCGAUAAUCAAAAAUUAGAAAGUCGAACAUUUAUUCUGCUCGAAGGAGGCAAAGAUGUCAGCUUUAAUGACACCGAUGUCGAUUUCCACUUUCGCCAAGAAUCAUUUUUUCAAUAUAUGUUCGGUGUCAAGGAACCCGGAUGUUAUGGUGUGAUAAAUCUUGAUAAUGGUGAGUCAAUUCUAUUUGUACCACGUCUUCCUGAAGAGUAUUCCGUUUGGAUGGGUCAUUUGCAUACUUUGGAAGAAUUCAAGUCAAUGUACGAGACUGAUAGAGUCAUGUAUUGUGAUCAAUUGGAUGAAUUCUUUAGCAAAGCCAAUCCAUCAUUGAUUCUCACUCUGAGUGGAGUUAAUUCAGAUAGUGGAUUGUCGGCAAAACCAGCUUCAUUCGAAGGAAUUGAGAAAUAUGUCCAGAAUUGUGAUAUUUUGCAUCCAAUUAUUGCUGAAUGUCGAGUUAUCAAAUCGCCGGAAGAGAUCGAGGUGCUUCGGUAUGUUGCCAAGGUCUCUUCUGAUGCCCAUAAGCAAGUCAUGCUUAAGAUUAAACCAGGAAUGACUGAAUACCAAGGAGAGAGUGAAUUCCUUCAUCAUUCCUACUCGGUCGGUGGAUGUCGACACACUUCCUACACUUGUAUCUGUGGAACUGGACUGAAUUCGUCUGUUCUGCAUUAUGGACAUGCUGCAGCUCCAAAUAAUCGAGUGAUUCGUGAUGGAGAUAUGUGUCUGUUUGAUAUGGGUGCCAAUUAUUGUGGCUAUGCAGCUGAUAUAACUUGCAGCUUCCCAGCUAAUGGCAAGUUCACUGAAGAUCAGAAAAUGAUUUACAAUGCUGUCUUAGACGCACGCAAUGCUGUAAUGAAUGAAGCCCGUGAAGGAGUUUCAUGGGUUGAUAUGCACAAGCUUGCAAUUCGUGUGUUGCUUCAACGACUUAAGGAAGGUGGUAUUCUAAAAGGCGACAUCGAUGAGAUGAUAGCCUCUGGACUGGGGGCCAUAUUUCAACCGCACGGUUUGGGUCAUUUGAUUGGUUUGGAUGUUCAUGAUGUUGGUGGAUAUUUGAAAGGUCAACCAGAACGUCCAACUGAACCGGGUGUCUCUCGACUACGAUUCGCCAGGAUUCUUAAAGCUAAUAUGUAUGUAACCGUUGAACCUGGUUGUUAUUUCAUUGAAUGUCUUAUGGACAAAGCUUUGGCUGAUCCGAAUAUGAAUAAAUUCUUGAAUGUCGAGGUUUAUGAACGUUUCCGGAAUUUUGGUGGAGUUCGGAUUGAGGAUGAUGUUUGGAUUAAGGAAAAUGGUUGCGAGAAUUUUGCUAUUGUUCCGAGAACUGUUGAAGAGAUUGAAGAGUUUAUGAGUGGUCGUUAAAGUAUAAAGGAGGAUGUAUCGAUGUUUCGAUACUUUGUUAAGAAUUAAAUAUAUUUUGUUAUCAUCUAUGUUAUCGUUAUUUAAUAACAUUUAUACCAUAUGAAUUUAUAGAAAAAUAAAGAAGUAAAUAAAAAUUGGGAUUUAUGAUUUA